UUCAUACGUCAGCUUAUAAUGCAUUCCAUAUUUAAUGCUGCUGCAAAUGAUAAAUGCAUUCCAAUUACAAUGCAAAUGUGUCGGGAUAUUCCAUACAAUAUGACGCUAUUCCCAAACAUUUUAGGGCACACUAAAGAGGAAGACGCAUCGCUCGAAAUCCAUCAAUUCUUGCCACUUGUUAAGGUAAAAUGUAGCGAAGAUUUGAAAUUUUUCUUAUGUACAAUAUAUGCACCAGUUUGCACAGUGCUUGGACGACCAAUUCCACCAUGUCGUCAUUUAUGCUUAUCUGCCAAAAAUGGUUGUGAAAAUUUGAUGAAUAAAUUUGGCUUCAAAUGGCCAUCUUUAUUAGCCUGUGAACGUUUUCCGGUUGAUGGUAUGUGUGUAGGAGAAAAUAAAUCAGACGCAAGUACUGAAGCACCACAUUCAAGAUUCCGAAAUCCAGUAAUGCAGAUAGAAUGUCCACAUACUAUGCAGGUCAUAAGCAAAUCUAAGUACUCUUUGAAGAUUUUGAACACUACAUUAGAGCAGUGUUCACUACCAUGUUCAGCUGAUAAUUUAGUGCCAAUGUUUUUUGAUACCCGAAUUCGACGUUAUUUAAGAUUUUGGACUGGUGCUUGGGCGGUAGCUUGUUGUGCAAGUUCACUAUUCACAGUGCUAACAUUUUCAAUUGAUAUGGCUCGUUUUUCUUAUCCAGUGAGACCUAUUCAUUAUUUAGCAGUUUGUUAUCUAUUUAUAUCACUCGUCUAUAUGGUCGGCCUGGUUGCUGAGGAUAAGAUAUCUUGUUCUGCUGUUUCUGCAACCAAUAGUCCACUUGUUUCUCAGGGUAUUGACAACUUCCCUUGUACUGUUAUUGCUAUUGUGCAUUAUUACUUUAGUAGUUUAUGGUGGGUGAUAUUAUGCCUAGCUUGGUUUCUAGCAGCUAAUCUGAAAUGGGCUCAAGAAUCAAUCGAAAGCUUAGCUUCAUAUUUCCAUGUACUUGCUUGGGGUAUUCCAGCAUUUCUCUCGAUUGUUAUUCUAGUCACCAAUACUAUUGAUGGUGAUUUAUUCACUGGAAUUUGUUCUAUUGGCAAUUUAAAACCAUCAGCACUAUUUAAUUUUGUAUUUGUACCAAUAUUUACUUGCAUCGCACUCGGCUUAUUACUGCUUGGAUGUGGUAUUGUUUCAAUGCUUCGAAUUCGUCGUUAUAUCAAAUUCAAGCAUAGUGAUAUUGAUCAAAAUAUUCGAAAAUUAGAAAAACUAAUGCUUCGAAUAUCAGCAUUUGCAUUUAUGUAUACGCUACCAACAAUGGUUAGUGCUGCAUGCAUAGCCUAUGAAGCAUUUAUGAUGGAAAGUUGGCUAGCCAAUUGGUUAGCAAUUCGAUGUUCUCGUCCUGAUCGAGCUGCUUUUGGUUUUGCGCAACCACGUCAGACGUGUAUUCCACAAACAAAUAUAAGACCGCCAGACUUGUUGAUUUAUUUUUUCAAAUAUUUAAUGCAACUAGUAGUGGGUAUAACAUGUGCAGUUUGGGUUUGUAGCAGUAAAACAUUAAAUAGCUAUUCUCAAGCGUAUGCCAGGUUUGUGCAUGGCCGAUCUCAGGUACCAACUACUGUUCAUUAA